AGCAGAGGGGGGAUCACCCUCUGUCCUUUCAAGCGACUUUUGUCCAAUAAGCAGCGGGGUCUCGGGCUCCUCUGGGCGGCGCUGCGCUCCAGGAAGAGCCGCUCACCACCAAUCAGGAGCCGGAGGACUGAAGCAGCGUCACCGUGUCACAGCUGCUCCCACAGUUUAAGAGCAGAGAGUCGCUCGUGUCUGCUUCACUUUUUCUCCUGUUGAAAGCAACAAGCAGAAACAUGGCAAGAACCAAGCAAACCGCCCGUAAAUCUACCGGAGGUAAAGCUCCCAGGAAGCAGCUGGCCACCAAGGCUGCGCGUAAGAGCGCGCCUGCCACCGGCGGCGUGAAGAAGCCUCACCGUUACAGGCCCGGUACCGUGGCUCUGCGAGAGAUCCGUCGUUACCAGAAAUCCACGGAGCUGCUGAUCCGCAAGCUGCCCUUCCAGCGCCUGGUGAGAGAGAUCGCUCAGGACUUCAAGACCGACCUGCGCUUCCAGAGCUCCGCGGUCAUGGCUCUGCAGGAGUCCAGCGAGGCUUACCUGGUCGGCCUGUUCGAGGACACCAACCUGUGCGCCAUCCACGCCAAGAGAGUCACCAUCAUGCCCAAGGACAUCCAGCUGGCCCGCCGCAUCCGUGGAGAGAGAGCUGGAAUCACCAAGCCCGCCAUCCGCCGUCUGGCUCGCCGUGGCGGAGUGAAGCGUAUCUCUGGUCUGAUCUACGAGGAGACUCGUGGGGUGUUGAAGGUUUUCCUGGAGAACGUGAUCCGUGAUGCUGUCACCUACACCGAGCACGCAAAGAGGAAGACUGUGACCGCCAUGGACGUGGUUUAUGCUCUGAAGAGACAGGGAAGAACUCUGAUGCCUGAACCCGCCAAGUCCGCGCCCAAGAAGGGUUCCAAGAAAGCCGUGACUAAGACCGCCGGCAAAGGAGGCAAGAAGAGGAGAAAGAGCAGGAAGGAGAGCUACGCCAUCUACGUGUACAAGGUGCUCAAGCAGGUCCACCCCGACACUGGCAUCUCGUCCAAGGCCAUGGGCAUCAUGAACUCCUUCGUCAACGACAUCUUCGAGCGCAUCGCCGGUGAGGCGUCUCGCCUGGCUCACUACAACAAGCGCUCCACCAUCACCUCCAGGGAGAUUCAGACCGCCGUGCGUCUCCUGCUGCCCGGUGAGCUGGCCAAGCACGCCGUGUCCGAGGGAACCAAGGCCGUCACCAAGUACACCAGCUCCAACGGCCUUCUCGGUCUUCUUGGGCAGAAGAACAGCCUGGAUGUUGGGCAGCACGCCGCCCUGAGCGAUGGUCACUCCGCCCAGGAGUUUAUUGAGCUCCUCGUCGUUGCGGACGGCCAGCUGCAGGUGGCGGGGGAUGAUACGGGUCUUCUUGUUGUCGCGGGCGGCGUUUCCAGCCAGCUCCAGGAUCUCAGCGGUCAGGUACUCGAGCACAGCGGCCAAGUAGACGGGGGCGCCGGCACCCACACGAUGAGCGUAGUUGCCUUUGCGCAGCAGUCUGUGAACACGACCGACCGGGAACUGGACAGCGUCACCGUGUCACAGCUGCUCCCACAGUUUAAGAGCAGAGAGUCGCUCGUGUCUGCUUCACUUUUUCUCCUGUUGAAAGCAACAAGCAGAAACAUGGCAAGAACCAAGCAAACCGCCCGUAAAUCUACCGGAGGUAAAGCUCCCAGGAAGCAGCUGGCCACCAAGGCUGCGCGUAAGAGCGCGCCUGCCACCGGCGGCGUGAAGAAGCCUCACCGUUACAGGCCCGGUACCGUGGCUCUGCGAGAGAUCCGUCGCUACCAGAAAUCCACGGAGCUGCUGAUCCGCAAGCUGCCCUUCCAGCGCCUGGUGAGAGAGAUCGCUCAGGACUUCAAGACCGACCUGCGCUUCCAGAGCUCCGCGGUCAUGGCUCUGCAGGAGUCCAGCGAGGCUUACCUGGUCGGCCUGUUCGAGGACACCAACCUGUGCGCCAUCCACGCCAAGAGAGUCACCAUCAUGCCCAAGGACAUCCAGCUGGCCCGCCGCAUCCGUGGAGAGAGAGCUUAA